GUCAGGACGAAGCCAGUUCAUCUCCCUCUAUGACAGGAGUAGGGGGUGAGGUCUGUCCCUGCUAACCGACAUACACACUGACGGCGACCCAACACCGCCUCUGCUGUCUCUCCCGUUACAGCUCAGCGAUCCGGUUGCGUGGCCGUGGAAGUGUUGCAGCCGCAGAGAGGAGGAGGCGAGAGAAAGACUGCAGCAUCAGUCCCGAGUAGUGCAGGUGAGAGGAGGGGAAAACAGGAAGAAGAGGAGGAGGAGGAGGCGCAUGUUGAGGAGAGAGAGAGAGAGAGAGAGAGAGAGAAUGCGGGACUCUUGGAGAAAGACGCAUCCAGACUCGGUCCAUCACCGAGCACAUGCGCUUCACAGGAAUAACUGCUGCUGAUGAAUCCCGGCGUCUGUUUUUGUUUACGCCUCGGAGAAAGCUGUCGCUAGUCCACUCUUCCCUGCCGCGAUCAGGAACUAUAGUUGUGAGAACUUAGUGGCGGAAUCUUGGCACGUUUCUCCACUGCGGGAAAACCGGCGCUAAGGUAAGAACCAGCGGCGGAGACUUUUUUUGGUGAAAAAAGAAAGAAAGAAAAACUGCUCUCUUGUGCUGUAUAUCGCUUUCCACGGAUGUUAUUCUAAAAAGAAAAAUCAAUCGAAGAGCGUUGUCCCUUUUUUUUACCCUCUUUUGUGUUGUGGUGCUGCAUUGCAGUUUUGACUGAGAAACACGGGAGGAAAAAAAGCGCUGUCCCGAAUGUGACUGGGAUUUUUCUUGAAAACGAAUAAGCGACUGACCGGACCGUUAAACAGAUGCUGCUCCAUGUGGACAUUUUACUGAGCAUCAUGGACGUUCACUUCUCCUCGCGACGUCCUGUGAGCCGCGCUAUAGUAGAAGUUGAAUAAAACUUCAGUCGGAAGCUUUUUGUCUGCUCUCGGUGACUCUUAUCAAAGGAGGAUAGAAGUGCCCACGCCGGGAGACUCGGUGAAACAGGAAGGGAAUUACCAGAGGAGGGGAGCCAUGCGGAGUCUUAGUGCAGAGGCUCUCAGCCUCCUGGUCUUGAUUCUGCAGCUGCUGACUCAGCUACCCGGUGCAGACUCAGCUCUGAGGUACCGAGUUGCAGAGGAGGGACCCCCUGACGUCAAGAUCGGCAACGUGGCCGCCGACCUGGGUCUCACUGCAGGUACAGGCAAUGGGGAUGUGACCUUUGCCCUGGAGAGCGGCUCCGAGUUCUUCAAGAUUGACAAUGUGACCGGGGAGCUUACCACAAGCCAGAGGCGCAUCGACAGAGAGAAGCUGCCCCAGUGCCAGAUGAUUUUUGAUGAAAACGAGUGCUUCUUGGACUUCGAGGUGUCGGUGAUCGGACCCCUGCAGAGUUGGGUAGACUUGUUCGAAGGUCGCGUGGUCAUCACAGAUAUCAACGACAACACGCCGUCGUUUCCGUCGCCUGUCCUCCAGCUCUCAGUUGAGGAGAACCGUCCAAUAGGGACGCUUUAUCUGCUGCCCACUGCCACGGAUCGGGAUUUUGGUCGAAAUGGCAUUGACCGUUACGAGUUGAUCCAGGAAGGUGGCGCAACCUCAACCUCAGCGAGGCGUGCGGCGGGAGGAAGCCCUAUGGCUGGACUUGGAGACAGAAGGGGAAGAAGCGGAGAUAUGAGUGUUGGAGCCAGGAGCAGUGUCUUUGAGCUUCAAGUAGCAGACAUACCAGACGGAGAGAAGCAACCUCAGCUCAUUGUGAAAGGCACGUUAGACAGAGAGCAGAAGGACUCGUAUGAGUUGAUCCUUAAAGUUAGAGAUGGCGGGAACCCCCCUCGCUCUUCUCAAGCGCUGCUGCGAGUCUCCAUCACAGAUGUGAAUGACAACAGCCCUCAGUUUGAAAAAUCCACGUAUGAGGCAGAAAUGGCCGAAAACGCCCCUCCUGGUACCCCGGUUCUCCAAGUCAGGGCUGCGGACCGCGACAUUGGCGUCAACGGCCAAGUAGAGUACGUCCUUGGCGCUGCCACUGAAUCCGUCAGGAGACUCCUGAGGCUGGACGAAGCCACGGGAUGGUUGAGUGUUCUGCACAGGAUCGACAGAGAAGAAGUGGCUCAGCUUCGGUUCACAGUGAUGGCCCGAGACAGAGGUCAGCCUCCCCGCUCUGACCGGACCACGGUCAUUCUGGCGGUCCGUGACGAAAACGACAAUGUCCCAGUGGUAGAGAUCAGGAAGAUUGGUCGGAUUCCUGUCCGAGAUGGAGCAGCCUUGGUACCAGAGAACGUCCUGGUGGACACGCCAGUGGCCCUGGUGCAGGUGUCAGACCGAGACCAGGGAGAGAACGGAGCAGUGACCUGCACCGUCGUAGGAGAUGUUCCAUUCACACUGAAGCCAGCAGGAGAAACAGCCCUCCCACCUUUACCUGCUGAUGAAGCCUUUGAUAGAAACAAGAAGAAGUACUUUUUGCACACCUCUGCCCUGCUUGACUACGAGCUAACCAAAGAGUACAGCGUCACCAUCGUGGCCGUGGACUCAGGAAGCCCCAGUCUAUCCAGCAACAGCUCCCUGAUGGUGCGAGUGGUUGACAUCAAUGACCAUGCUCCAAACUUUGCUCAAAGUCUCAUGGAGGUCCACUUUGCUGAGAACAACUCCCCGGGUGAAAGGGUCCUGACUGUAGUCGCCACAGAUUCGGAUAGUGGUAAAAAUGCCGAGAUAGCGUAUUCUCUUGACCCUGCAGCCAACUCCCCGUUUUACAUCGACCCAGAUAAUGGAGAUAUCCGUGCGUCUGGCGUUCUGGAUAGGGAACAGCGGGAGAGGUACGAACUACGCGUCAUCGCCAAAGACAAGGGCACGCCAGCUCUACAGAGCUCCGCGACGGUUGUGGUUCAAGUCACUGACCGCAACGACAACGCGCCAAAGUUUGUUCAGGAACUGUUUACGUUCUACGUCAAAGAGAACCUGCUCGCCAACAGCCCGGUUGGAAUGGUCACCGUGACCGAUGCCGAUGAAGGAGAGAACGCUGAGCUCAGUCUGUUUGUAGAGCUGGAUGGAGUCGAUGGGAAGACAGCGGAGAGAGUGCCGGCAGAAAAUGGAGAGAAAGAGCGGCAGGAAGUAUUCUCAAUAGAAAACAACACGGGGACCAUCUUCUCCACCUUGUCCUUUGACCGCGAAAAGCGUUCCACUUACACCUUCCGCGUCCGAGCUGUUGAUGGAGGAGAGCCACGCAAAACUGCCACCGCCACCGUCUCGCUGUUUGUCACAGAUGAGAACGACAACGCUCCCUCGAUUACGUCUCCAGCCAACGAUUCCUACACCCUCCUUCCACCCGCCAGCAGCGCCCGCACCAUCGUGAGGACUGUAACCGCCAUAGACUCGGACACUGGCCCAAAUGCUGACCUUCAUUAUGCCCUGGUCGGAGGAAACCCAUUCAGGCUGUUUGAGAUCGGCCACACUAAUGGAGUGAUCACACUAGCGGAACCCCUGGAGCGCCGCCACAGAGGUCUGCACCGUCUUGUCAUCAGGGUGAACGACAGUGGGAUCCCAUCGCUGUGUGCCACGGCCCUCGUCCACGUCUUCAUCAAUGAGACCUUGAUCAACGCCACCCUGGUGGAUGCACAGGUGGCCCGCAGUCUGCUGGCUCCUCUGUCCUUAGACAUCGCAGGUGACCCAGAUAAUGAGCGGGCGUUAGGAAAGCAGCGGCUCAGCGUAGCCAUUGGUGUCCUAGCUGGAGCGGCAGCUGUCAUCCUGGUCAUUCUUCUUGUGGUCACAGCCCGACAGUGCGGCGCUCAAGGUAAGAAUGGCUAUGAGGCUGGCAAGAAGGAGCCCGAGGAGGAUUUCUUCAGUCCACCAGGGGCGCAGCCUCAAGCUGUUCGCGGAGGAACAUCAGAUCGUGGGCGCAAACCUCGGCGGGACAAAAGAAACGGAAGUGGCAACAGCACUGGAGCUGGCGGCAAAUCCGACAGGUCGCUGUACAGCGGCAUCGUCACAGUGAAUGGACUGCGCCGCCACGCCAACGAUGACGACGAGGAGGAUCUAAGCAGUGCUAGUGAGCGUCUGGCCGCCCGCUAUUGUGCUGUGGAGGGUGACCCCAGCAGCCCACGGAUGGUCGGCAGCAGGAGGCACCAGUCCAGUCCAGAUCUGGCAAGGCACUAUAAAUCCAGCUCGCCGCUCCCUGCAGUCAACCUACAACCGCACUCGCCACCAGCUGAGGGGAAGAAGCACCAAGCAGUCCAGGAGCUGCCACCCUCCAACACCUUUGUGGGCAGUGGGGGCUGCGUGGGGAGUACUGGAUCCAGUAGCAGCAGUAGCGGCAGUGGCAACGCUGACGCCAUGUCCCUGGGAUCUGACCAGUGCUCCGAGUAUGGUUGCCAGACCGGAACCAAAUACAACAAACAGGGAACUCUUCGGCGGGUGACAUUCUCAGUCGUGAGCCAACCCCAGGAUGUGGGUUGCUAUGACAGCGGCCUGGAGGAUUCGGAGACGCCAAGCAGCAAGAGUUCGUCCGGGCCGCGACUGGGUGCGCUGUCGCUGCCUGAGGAGGGCUACGAGAGGACCACACCCGAGGGGAGUGUGGGGGAGGAGGAACACGUGGAGAACGAUGCUCGCCAGCUGCCAGAUGUUGCUCUGACAGGAAAGUGUACCAGAGAUUGCGAUGAGUUUGGCCACUCCGACACCUGUUGGAUGCCCAUCCGCCCCUCGCCUCGCCAACGCCAGCGCCAGCGCCACGGCAGCGACCCGCCGAGGCUUUCCACGUUUGCCCCUGGGGAUGACAACAACAAUCUUCGUGGAAACGACCAUGAAAGCGACAGCGAGAGCGGAAGCGCGGGGAGCUCCGAACCAGGCAUGGUAAUCGGUGGAGAGGGUCAAAGGUUAGCUAUGGCUAACGGGGAUCCCCUGGGCUCCUUGGGAAGCGGAGACCGCAACAUUAACAUGGGCGAUCACAAUCGAAAUCUUCUGAACCGCAAGAUGACUUCAGCAUCAUACGAUACCUUCAGCAGCGCUGGCUUCGGGAGGCGGCCGCAGGAGGAGGAAGGAGGGGAAGGGCAAAACCCCGCUGAGGUCAUACCACUGACGCGGACUGGAGCGGACUACAAGACGACUUCCUGUCUGACGUUGUCCCGCCGUGAGGUUUAUCUGUGACUGCCUGGAGGAAUCACCACACCUUUUCCUGGUCCAGAUUAAUGGCCCUGAAAUCAUCCAUUGGAAGAGCUGCAGAGCUGUGAAAAUAUUUGGUUUUUUUUUAACAAUCUUUUACCAGUUUUAAUCUAAUAUUUAUAGGCACUCAAACUUGAGACACUGGAGGACGAACUCAGGAGAGAGCUCCACCCUGGGUGCUUUCUCAAAAAGGCUUAAAGUCUUAAAUACUAUUUACAGGAAGAAUCCUGUCACGUCCAUAUGGAGGAGGACCACUUUCUCUCCGCUUCUUUUUAGCUGAACUCCCUGCAUGCCUGGCACUCCUCCUCACAGGGUUGCGGGAAGAAGACAGUGAGUAAAUCCCGAUGCUAUAAAUGCCUGUGUACAAAGAGAAGGUUCACCAAGAGAGGGCAAGCACGAUGUGAACCUGACUGGUGAAUCAUCUGCUGAAACACCACAGUCUUAAAAUAGAUGACAAGUUUGGGGGUUAUUUAUUUGGAAGCCAAUCCGAACUGACUGAAUCAUGCAGGAAACGGAUUCCAUCCAAUUUCCCCUGUAAUUCCUGAGCGUCAUCCAAGAGAUUGUGACCACAAACCCUUAAAAGCCAAGUGUUCUUUAAUUUAUUCAACAAUCAAAUGAACAAACUUGUCAGAACAAUGACAGUAUGACUCACCAUCCUGAGACUGUAGAGUGUUUGUCCUUCACCCCGGGUCCCUGUGUAUAGACAUUUGUGAGCGUUACAGUGGAACAGCAGGCCUUAUCUCCGUGCUGCUGGACUGAGCUAUUCAACGACAACUGUUCAUGUAUCAUACAUUUUACACAACUGCACGCACUUAGACACACAUCCGCCACAAAGCAUGCAAGCACACACUCAUACAGCCAAGUUACAGAAUGUGAAAAAAAGCAUCUGGCCAUGACUUAUGACAUGAUUUAGUGGCUGUGUACCAUAAAAUAUCAAGUAACAAGCUAUUAGCUUCCAUACAGAAGUGAGCACACUCAUGCUUAGAAAAUAAGAGUAAAUACAAGCGAGUCGCACAAUCCACUUUGUGUAUACGUGCUCUCAACUAUAACAUAUUUCCUCCCUUUGACUUAGCUGUAGUGUUUCUGCCUGAUCCUCCUGCAGCUGGUAUUUAAACAUGAAAUGUAUGUAAGAAAUACUCAUCCCUCUGACUUGACGUGUGGCGCUACAUUUUAAAGGCACCUGUACUAUAACAAAUGUGAGAUACUCUGCAUACUGUAAGUACUGAAUACUCAACAAGAACAAAAAAGAACUCUGCAUGUACUAAAGAUAAGCUAACUUUUUCCCUUCCCUUUUUUUUUUUUACCAACUUUUCUAAACGCCGCACCUGUUUGGAUACAUAUGAGCUGUAAAUCUGUGCAUAUGGGGAAAUGGAGAUAAUGGCUGUGACAAAAGGAGUCGAGCUUCAGUAGUUUUAACUGUUUCUUCCUCGUCACUGAGGGCGAUUUUCUGGCUUUUUAUAUUCGAGAGUUGGCACAAAGCCUCCUGGAGGCUGCAAAAGUACACAAUGUGGAGUGAUUGCGGAGUUCUGCAGCAAACCUUUCUGUCACGACUUAAACCCGCCCAUGCCGCCGUGCUGAACGCAGCAGAUAACAGACUCCUUCACCAGCGUCCUUCCCAGUAGCAACCUCUCUUGACUGCAGACACAUUCCGCUGCUCUCGGCUGAAGUGUGGGUGUGGAUCGAGGCCAGCACAUCUUAAUUCCCAUCAUCAGCGUGUGGCUCAGUGGUGUGAUAGGGAUAAUAGGGUUAGGUCGUCCCCGUGGUCUUAACAAGCUUCUCUUCUCCUAUCUGCUGCUUUUGUUAUCUUCUCUGAUCGCAUUAAAGUCGGGAAAUUGCUACUUUAAUUUUCAGUUUGUUUUGGAUCAGAUAGAAAGGAAGAGUUUAGAGUUUAGUUGUAGUUUAAAAAAGAGAUACGAGUGAUUCAUUUGGCAGCAGUUUUAGGGUAGUGUUUGAAACAUGCUUAAGAAACAUGGGUCGUAGGUCACUGUAACCAAAGAUAGGCCGCACCAGUGGUGCGUUCUCUGUUCAGCUUGGAAUUUCCUGUUCUUCUUCUCUCUAAUUCGGGUACCCCUCAGGUUCAGUGAAAAUCCUUUGUUCUACUCUGAAAAGACCGAAUUCAAGCUGACAGUUAUUUCGUCAUCACUGUCAAAAAUGAUGGAAGGUCCAGUCGAUCACUAGGAAAAAUUCAGGAGGCGAAUUGAAUGCAAGGACUGGUGACUCUUGCCAUGUUUUGUGUCUUCAGCUUUAUUAAUAAUGAAACAUUGUGAGAAUUGUUCAUCAGGGGUUCAUCCAUGCUGCGGAUCUCUAGAAGCGUUGUUCUGUCUCUGCCCCCGACUUGGCCUGAAAACACGUUGAUAUCAUCUAAAGGAUGUGUACAUUUUCCAAAUUUGAGAUAGACAGAUGAUUUCAAGCACAACACAUAUCAAAUGCUUGCCAACGUUAUGAUAAAUGUUCAACACUGAACAACUAAAGAAGAUCCAUUCAAUUGUCAAUUGAAACUCUGAAGAAUCAAUUCUUCUAAGCUCUUAAAACUUAACUUUAAACAGACUUUGAAACAGUGGCAACUCUGCACCUCGCCUCUUGAACAUCUCACCGCCCUUAUCUCCAGGUUGUGAACUCUGCUGUGAGCUCAGCUGCGGACAUAACUGGACUGAAAACCCAAUGUAUAAUGUGUUUUUCAAGAACAAUAUUACGACAUCUGAAAAAGAACGGCUGAACAAAGCUGUUUAAUCUCUCGGUGAGAUUGUUGGAUUUCAAUCACUUCAAGGUUCUGGACUGAGACUUCUGAGCAGCCGUGCCUUGUCAGACUUCAAACUGCUGUUUUAUGGCGGUUUCAUUGCGGCACCUUCAAUCCCAACGCACUGGAUUUGAAGAGACGUGUUGUACAUGAGUCUGUGUGGGUGUGCGUCAUUGUUUUUCUACUGCACGUUUUAACAAGAAUCUGUCUAGGUCUACAGCGAAUCACAUUGGGGAGACAACCGUGGGUGAGAACGAGCUCCAUCCACAGAACUGAGACACUUUUGAAUUUGAACUCUUCAGUGAUGUUCCGCUCACUCCCUUCGUGUUGAAUCAUUAUUGCAAUGUACAGUUUACGCUACACUGUAGAAAAGACAACAGGAAACAUGAGAGUCAACGGCAUGCUUAAGGUCUUUAAAAAAAAACUGCACAUAAGAAGAAAAAAUGAUGAAGAAAUAUCCUUCUUUUUAUUUAUCGACUUCUUAAGUUUAUAUAUUUUGGUUUUGUCUGUUGUUUUUUUUAUUCGCUUUUCUUUGUUUUCUUUGUUUUUUUAAUGGCGCUCACACUGUUUCGCCGCUCCUCCCUGUACUAAAGAAUUAACUGCAUUUGUUAUGGCAAGGAAGACUUGUAGACAAAUGGUUUGGUAUGAAGUUGAAUCAUGUACCAGUUUGACUUUGACAUUAAAAC